CAGUCAGCCGGUCGCUGGACGCCCUAGUUGGCAGCAGAUCGCGAAUAAAUUGUCCUUCUCCUCCGACCUGUCUCUCUGCAGAUAUCUUACCUUUCCCCGCUCCCGGUGAGGUCAAUAAGUUAGGGCUGUCCCCUCUUGGAAUCUCAAUCUUGGGGGUAAACCGGCUGCCUCCUAACUUCAACAAAAACAUUGGCCGCGAAACUAGAAGCAGCCUUUCUCUAUCUCUACGUAUCAAAACUCAUUAAUCAACAUGACUACCUUUGUCGAAUCGAUCUCCGCGAUCCUCCAGGAAGUGCCGGCUCUCUAUCGAGGGCCAGGCGGUGCCAUCGCUGUGUUGAAAGAUGGGGAGCCCGUCGGUCAGCACGUUUGGGGAUUUUCUGAUCUCGAACGACGAAUUCCCAUGACGGCGGAAACAGUAAUGCCCAUCUGUUCCAUCUCGAAGCAGAUGGUGUGCGGGCUAUUGAUGGACCUUGAACGUAAUCCCACUCUUGCAAUGAAGGCUCGCGGCGAAGAGCCAGGGAAGCAGUUGUCGGACAAACUCGGCGAAGUGUUGAAUCCCAAGAUGCUACAAGACACAGGCUUGACUAUUCGCCAUCUCAGCCAUAUGCAAUCGGGAAUCCGCGACUACUGGGCCAUGACGGUGCUUUGGGGCGCAAAGCCCGAAGGACAUUUUUCCGUGGCGGAUCACGGGCCCCUGGUGAUGGACAGGAUCAAGUCUUUCCACUUCGAACCUGGAACGGAGUAUUCGUACUCUAAUACGAACUUCUUUGUUCUGGCUCGAGUUAUCGAGAGGGUCACCCAACAGCCGCUGGCAGAAUUGCUUACGGAGCGAAUUUUCGCGCCCAUCGGCAUGACGACAGCAAGACUUUGCGCACACACCGCAGAGCAUCCACCUCCGUGCAUUGGCUACGAAGGAGACGAGACGCAGGGUUUUUAUCCAGCUACAAAUUGCAUUGAAUGGGCUGGAGAUGCAGGCAUCGUGGCGUCUCUUGUUGACAUGAUUGCCUACGAGCAGUUUCUGGACAGCAGCCGAACCGAUCCGCAAAGCUGGUACCAAUCCACUUCCAAGCAGCAGCAAUUCAAGGAUGGCGCGCCAGCUGGUUAUGGGUACGGCCUAGCCCGUGAACUUGUUGGGGGCGUUACUACUGUGAGGCACGGAGGGGGGCUUCGUGGGUAUCGACUUUCUCGGUUCUACGCACCGGAACCACGGAUUUCCAUCGUGGUUCUUCUAAACCAAGAGCACGGAUUUCCAGGAAUGAUCAGCAAUUAUAUUCUGAAGCGAGCACUGGGGUUCCCUGAAGCCAAGCAUGAGGUUGUUCAUCCCAGCCAGGAGUGGGCUGGAACAUAUCUCGACCCAGACACCCGACUAGCCAUCACUGUAGACGCAGGUGUUGCCGGAGAGCUCACCAUCAAAUACCAUCGGAAAGCAGAAAAAUUUCGUGUGGUUGACCCGCUUCGAGCUCAGACUGACGAUAUGGUCGCAACACUGGACGGGAGUCUACUAACCCUUCACAUUCCGAAAGACAAUCGAAACAUCCAUGCCCAGCGAGUCACAACCAAUAGGCUUCCCGCCAAUUCUUCUGACAUACAUGGAUACUACUACUGCGCGGAACUAAGUUCCGUGUUCCACUGUAGCGGUUCUGGAGGCAUGCUUUAUGGCUCGUUUGAUGGGUUCCUGGGCAAGGGACCUGUACAUCUGAUCCGGUCACUUGGGGACGAUGUCUGGGCUCUUGCAUGCCCUCGAGCCAUGGAUUCUCAACCUCCAGGUGACUGGACAGUUGUUGUGCGCCGUGAUGACAGUGGUAAUGUAACCGGUGUUACAAUCGGCUGUUGGCUAGCUAGAAAUCUUGAAUUUGUCAAAACGGGAGAGGUGAAAGAGCCUGUUGUGUAGCACUUCUAUAGCCGAAUUCAGGCGAGAGCUGAUCAAAUCGCUUUAUGGGCCUGUUAUUUAUUGUUUUCGGACUUUUAGUGGCAAAUUUCGUCCCUUCAAAUGAAAUUUCCGCUUGUUAAAGCGAUU